AUGGCUUCCGCAGGUUUAAACGACGUGGUGACCCGUGAGUACACCAUUAACCUCCACAAGAGAUUGUUUGGUGUUCAGUUCAAGAAGCGUGCUCCAAAGGCCGUCAAGGAGAUCAAGAAAUUUGCCAAACUACACAUGGGAACUGAAGACGUCAGACUGGAUCCUAAGCUGAACAUGGCUGUGUGGAAGAGAGGUAUCAAGGGAGUUCCUUUCAGAAUGAGACUCAGAAUUUCCAGAAAGAGAAAUGAAGAUGAGGAUGCCAAGUACAAGUUGUUCUCUUACGUCGAGCCCGUCAACGUCCCAACCGUCAAGGGUUUGGAGACUGUUGUAAUUGAGGAGGACGACGAAGAGUAA